AUGGCUCCUACUAAUUUAAAACAUUAUGACUAUUUAGUUAUCGGAGGAGGUUCCGGAGGUGUUGCCUCAGCUAGAAGAGCUGCAUCUUAUGGUAAGAAAGUAUUAUUAAUUGAAGCCAAAUUUCAAAAAUUAGGUGGAACUUGUGUUAAUGUAGGUUGUGUACCAAAGAAAGUUAUGUGGUAUGCUGCUGAUUUAGCUCAUAAAAAACACCAUUUAAGUAAAUAUGGUUUAAGUAAGAAUACUGAUGAUGAAGUUAAAUUCGGAGAUUUCGAUUGGCCUUAUUUCAAAGAAAAGAGAGAUGCUUAUAUUACUAGAUUGAAUGGUAUAUACUCAAGAAAUUUAGAAAAAGAAGGUGUUGAAUAUUUAUAUGGAUUUGCUAAAUUCAUCAAUUCCAAUGGUGAUGUCGAAGUCACAUCAACAGGGGAUCAAGAAAUUCCUUUCUUAGAUAAUAAACCUUUCAAGAAGGAUGAAAAAUUAGUGUUCUCUGCCGACAAUAUAUUGAUUGCUACAGGUGGAGCCCCAAUUAUUCCACCUCAAGUUCCAGGACAUGAAUUAGGAAUCACUUCUGAUGGAUUCUUUGAAUUGGAUUAUCAACCUAAAUCUGUUGCUGUUGUUGGUGCUGGGUAUAUUGGUGUUGAAUUAUCAGGAGUCUUCAAGAGUUUAGGCACUGAAACUCAUUUAAUUAUUAGAGGUGAUACCGUUUUAAGAAGUUUUGAUGAUUCUAUUCAAGAAACCAUUACCGAUUACUAUGUUGAUAAAUUAGGAGUUAAUGUCAUGAAAGCUUCAGGUGGUGUUACCAAAAUCGAGAAAUUGGCUAAUGGUUUGAAAAAAGUUUCUACCGGUGAAGGUGCCGUUGUUGAAGUAGAAGAAGUAAUUUGGACUAUUGGUAGAAAGGGAUUGAUUAAUAUCGGAUUAGAAGAAGUCGGAGUCAAAGUCAAUGAUAAUGGUCAAAUCAUUGCUGAUGAAUAUCAACAAACUACCAAUCCAAAAAUCUUUUCUCUUGGUGAUGUCGUAGGAAAAGUUGAAUUAACUCCUGUUGCCAUUGCUGCUGGUAGAAAAUUAUCCAAUAGACUUUUCAGUGGCCAAGAAGUAUUUGCUCAAGAUAAAUUAGAUUACAAUAACGUUCCUUCAGUAAUCUUUUCUCAUCCAGAAGCUGGAUCUAUCGGUUUAAGUGAAAAAGAUGCUAUUAAAAAAUAUGGAAAAGAUGACAUCAAAAUUUACAAGUCUAAAUUCGUUGCUAUGUAUAACGCCAUGUUAGAAUUAGAUGAAUUGAAAUCUCCAACUUAUUAUAAAAUUGUUUGUCAAGGUAAAAAUGAACUUGUGGUCGGUCUUCACAUUGUAGGUGAGGCCAGUGCUGAAAUCUUACAAGGUUUUGGUGUAGCCAUCAAGAUGGGAGCUACUAAAGCUGAUUUCGAUAGUUGUGUUGCAAUUCAUCCAACUUCUGCCGAAGAAUUAGUAACCAUGAGAUAG